GGGUUGGCCAGGGCCGAGCUGGCCGGAGGCGGACGUGAGCGGGCCGGGCCAAGAUGGCGGUGCAGGUGGUGCAGGCGGUGCAAGCGGUUCAUCUGGAGUCAGACGCCUUCCUUGUGUGCCUCAACCACGCUCUGAGCACGGAGAAGGAAGAGGUGAUGGGGCUGUGCAUUGGGGAGUUAAAUGAUGACUUAAGGAAUGACCCCAAAUUUACAUAUACUGGAACUGAAAUGCGCACAGUUGCUGAAAAGGUUGACACCGUCAGAAUUGUUCACAUUCAUUCUGUCAUCAUCCUACGACGUUCUGAUAAGAGGAAGGAUCGCGUAGAAAUUUCUCCAGAGCAGCUGUCUGCGGCCUCAACAGAGGCAGAGAGGUUGGCUGAACUGACGGGUCGCCCCAUGAGAGUUGUGGGUUGGUAUCACUCCCAUCCCCAUAUAACUGUUUGGCCUUCACAUGUUGAUGUCCGCACACAAGCCAUGUACCAGAUGAUGGAUCAAGGCUUUGUAGGACUUAUAUUUUCCUGCUUCAUAGAAGAUAAAAAUACAAAGACUGGACAGGUACUCUAUACUUGCUUUCAAUCCAUACAGGCCCAAAAGAGCUCAGAGUCCCCUCGUGGUCCCCGAGACUUCUGGAGCUCCAGCCAGCACAUCUCCAUUGAGGGACAGAAGGAAGAGGAAAGAUAUGAGAGAACUGAAAUCCCAAUUCAUAUUGUACCUCACGUAACCAUUGGGAAAGUAUGUCUUGAGUCAGCAGUUGAGCUGCCCAAGAUCUUGUGCCAAGAAGAACAAGAUGCGUAUAGGAGGAUCCACAGCCUUACACAUCUGGACUCAGUAACCAAGAUCCAUAAUGGCUCAGUAUUUACCAAGAAUCUGUGCAGUCAGAUGUCAGCGGUCAGCGGACCUCUACUACAGUGGUUGGAGGACAGACUGGAGCAAAACCAACAGCAUGUGCAGGAGCUGCAACAAGAAAAGGAGGAGCUUCUGCAAGAACUUUCUUCUCUAGAAUAAAGCAGGAGACAGAACAAGGAAGGAUGAAAAUAUCCAGGAAUAAAAUUAAUUAGGCUAAAUCCAUUUUGAAGAAGAAAAAUCGGGGGGACUCAUGUUACCUGACUUCAAGAUUUACUAUAAAGCUGUAGUGAUCAAGACAGCGCAACCGAUUUUGACAAAGGUACAGAAGCAAUUCAACGGAGGAAGGAUAGUCUUUUCAACAAAUCAUGUUGGUGCAGUUGGCAAAGAAAAGGAACUUUGACCUAAACUGUAUACAAUAUACAAAUUUGAAAAUGUAUCAUGAUGUUAGGUGUAAGAUGUAAAACUAUAAAACCUUUAGGGAAAAAAAAUCAUGGAAAAAUUUUUAGGAUCUUGGGCUAGGCAACAAACUCUUGGCCUUCACCCCAAAAGCACAGUCCUAAAAGGAAAAAGUUGAUACACUGGACUUUAUCAAAAGGAAAAACUUCUGCUCUGCAAACAAUUUAAGAGGAAGAUGUUAUUGACAGAAAUCACUUGCAAACCAUUUAUGGCGAUGAAUCCAGAAUAUAUUGUAUAAAGUCAAGAGGAAAAAAUAAUACAAUUAGGAAAUGAGCAGAAGACAUAAAUAGACAUAGCACUGAAGAGGGAAUGUUGAUGGCAAGCAAGCAUAGGAGAAAAUACUGAAUCUUAUUAGUAAUCAGGGGAUGCAAAUUAAAACCACAAGGAAUUAUGACUAUGUGCUUAUCAGAAUGGCUAAAGAAAAUAAUAAUGAAAAUGGGGACUUCCUGGCAGUUCAGUGAUUGAGACUCUGCCUUUCAGUGCUGGGGGCAUGGGUCUGAUCCCUAGUUGGGGAUCUAAGAUCCCAUAUGCCUCAGGGUGUGGCCAGAAUUUUAAAAAAAUAGUGACAAUAGCAGAUGCUAUUGAGCAUACAAAUUGGAGAUCUCAUACCUUGCUGAAUGGAAUGUAAAAUGGUAAGCCACUCUGAAAAAGUUUGGAAACUUCUAAUAAACUUAAACAUGAAA